GGCCACAUUCAGAGAGGCAAGUGAUUCCCUUCUCCCAUGAUUUGGCUUUUAAGUCCCUCGAUCCUGGCUUCAUGUAUCUUGUAUAUGCACUUGCACCUCCAUGACGCUAGUUCUCUUCUCUGUGUCCGAAACCCGCGGUGCUAACCAUGGGUCAUCAUCAUGCAGUGAUGUGGAGAUGACUGAGCAGACUCCAGCGUUACUCGAGGCUACUGAGACCGCCAUUGUUUCUGGACAGAAGGAGAAGGCUGAAAAUAGUCCGCCGAACCGACCGGCAUCUGUGGACCCUGCCGCGCCCACUUCUGCCGAUAUAUCUCAUCCCAUCAGCAUGAACGGCAAUCGCCAGCAACACAGCGAAAUCGGCGCGGCCAACCGCGCGAACUCCAACGACGACACAAACGAGGACACCCAAGACACCCAAGCGGACAGCCAUGAGAGCGCCGCCAAUGAGGAUACCACCGAAGACCUCAACGAAGAGCUCACACCUCCACCGGACUCCCCGGUUGAGGAACCGAUGAGUCGCACCCCAAGUGUCCCACCCAACGCCCUGCAAGACGAGAUCGUUGUGGGCACGAAAGCUCACGGCAAAACCUCUCCCACGCAGGCUGCCGAGCCAGAAGACGUGGUCAUGGGCGAGGCCGAGGACAAGCCGCUCGCUAUUCACCAUGCAAAGCGGAAGCGAGCGUCGGGCGUCUAUGCCGAGUCUGCUGCGGACAAAGACCCGAGUCCUGCCCCAAGCGAAGAGCUCGACCCGCGCCGGCCUGUCCGGCCCAUUAAGGCACACGGUACGGGCGGUGUCAAGGGGGUCCUGCUCGGCUUCUGGCGUGAUUCACCUCCGGAGAACGAUGCGGAGAAGCACGCAGUCAUCGGCUUCAUUGAUGUCCGAGACCGCCUGCGGACGCGCAUCCUGCCGUCAACGCGGGAUGGCCGCCCUAUGGAUCCCCGAUACCCGAUCCCGCCCGGCCCCGGCGGUAGCUGGGUGACGUUCGACAAGGUCGCCUUCGACGACCACCUUGUCGGCCUCAAUCAUCAUGUAAUCAAAGAGUACGUCAAGAUCCGCGCCGAGGAAUCUCACAAAGGAGAGACCCCGGAGGAAGACCACAAGCUCGCCCUAGAAGCGGCCGAGUUGGCCGCCGAACGGGUGAGAAGGAACCCGCCGCCAGAUGCCGCCACUGCGCCCUUGGUUGCGUUCGGCGCUGAGAUUCCUGCCAAUGCUAUGCUCCCGAACCGCCCGGAGACGAAGAAGCGCCGCUUGGCUGGGUCCUUUGGGGCUCCCUCCGACUCGCCGAGCACCUCUCCUCUCACAUUAGAUCAUAUCCACAGCACCAGGCCGACCAGGGUUCUGCUCGGUUACUGGAAGCACUCUAGCGAGAAGGAUCCCAAGGACAAGCAUGCCGUGUUCGGGAUCCUCGGCGCGAACGACAUGUUCAGAGUCAAGCUGACCCGCGAGACCCGGGACGGCCGCACUGUGAUCGGCAACUUCCCCAGCGGCGCAGGCGCGCUCUGGAUCCAUUGGGACGAGGUCGAGUUCGAUCCUCAUCUGAGCCACCUCUCGCGUGCCGAGGUGAAGGAAUACUGCCGCAUUCGCCAGCGCCAGCUCGAUUACGGCGAGCUUCCGCAAGAUCGGGUCGCUAACGAGACGAAGGCGGUGUACGAAGCUCAACAACGCGUCGCCCAGAGUCUUGCUAUGGGGGUCUCCUUCCGAAAGGAUGACCUCGACCUGCCGCCCAUCGCUAUGAAGGGUUCGCCGGCAGCCAACGGCAGCCCAAGGUCCUCCUCUUUCGCCGCUUCCAAGGCAACCGAAGAAAGCCGCCCGGCGCCGAUGCCCUCCAACCAAGGCUCGCCUCCCCGACCCGCCUCGGGCCGUCAUCCUCUCCCCAACAUCGAGUUCCGCGCGGCCAACCGGCACCCGGCAGGCCCCAGCCCGGCCGUCCUCGAGCGGACCAACUCGCUCGCGCGCCGCGAGAUAGCCCGACUCGAGGCGGCCCAAGCCCGCGCCGACCUGCGCGCCGCCAGCCGCGAGGCGUCGCUCGCUCCCGCAGGAAACCCCUCCUCUUCCUCUGGCGCCACCGGCAGCGCCAGGCGCCCUCACAACAACGACAACGCCAACGCAACGAGCAGCAGCAACAGCGGCAGCAGCGGCCACGACGUGUCGCACUUCCAGGACAACGUGUCGCGGCUGAACAAGAUCUGGGAGGCGCAGGAGGCGCAGCGCAUCCGCGCCGGCGUCGAGGACGCCAAGAUCUACGGCGGCGUCAAGUACCAGCGCAAGCAGAGCGGGCCGUUCCAGGGCAAGCUCGUCUCGCAGGGCACCAUCAUCACCAUCGACGGCGAGGACUAUGUCGAGUACCGCGUGCUGACGAAGCCGACCUUUUUCUGAUUUCUUUUAGGACAUUUUUUUCCCCAUCCCUUCUUCCUCUGAAGGAUCAAAAAUGGUUGACUGGUUUGGUUCGGUUGGGUUGGGGGUGGUUCGGGUAUUUGAGCUUCCGGCUCUUGUCGGCUUGCGAGGUUUCGUGGAGCAUUGGAGAUUAGUGUUAGGGUGUGGUGAUUUUUCUACAUCCU